ACUAGGCCUAAUAUUGUUUUGUUAAUAGUUGAGAAGGAUGGCAACGAAUAUCAUACCUCCUUGUGGCGUUACAUAUGCAUGCAUACAAGUUUGGCUUGUCACUUUCUGCUUUUUUAUUUUUCAGUAUUUUUUGAUGGGUUCUUUCUACCUCAGCGUUACUGCACUAUUACUAUUAAUCAUUGUUUUAUACUAUGUUGUAAUACCACCAGUGGAAAGUCAAACUGUCUUGGAAGUGUUAGGCUUAUCCACUGACAGAGAUGAUAAAUACCCACCUGUUUAUGCUCACAGGGGCGGGGGUUAUGACGCCCCAGAGAAUACUUUAGCAGCUUUUCGAAAAGCAAAAGACAAUGGAGCAACUGGUGUGGAAUUUGAUAUUUCUUUUACCAAAGAUGGAAUUGCUGUACUGCUAAAUGAUGAAACUGUUGACAGAACAACGAAUGGUUCUGGAUAUAUUGGGAAUAUGACAUUCCAUGAAGUUCGGGAACUUGAUGCUUCUAAAUAUCACCCUCACAG